CGAUGUUAGCAUCUCAGUUUUUACUGGUUCGUUUUUCUUUAACACGAGCUCACCAUUUUUAUCACGUUAAUCUUACCCAACGCAAAUAUAUCGUUCAGAUGCUGUAACUGAGCACAGUGUUUCUCUGAAUACAAGUUGUAUCGAUAUAUAACGACGACAUUUAUUUCCAACUAUAGGAAUUUUGUGACAUAAGUUCCGAGACUUUUCUGUCUGACUUCGUGAUCUGUGCAGACCGCUGCAGCCACAGACACAGGGACACGGGGACACAGAGACAGGGACACGGGGACACAGACACAGGGACACGGGGACACAGAGACAGGGCAUGACGAGGAGGACGUGAAGUCCACGAGCACAGAGUUACGUAUGUUUUAAAAACGCGGACACAUUUUACAUUAUCGUUGUGUAGCGUCUGUCUAGCAUGACACGCUGGAGUUUCUGUCAUCUGUAUUUCCAGAUGACACAGGAAACUGCGUUGGUUAUUUUCGGGGACAGGCUUGCUUCAAAAUCUUUUUGCCCUUUAUUAUUUGUAGAUGGUUUUUUAAACUUGGACCAUGUUGUUUAAAUAAAGCGCGCAAUUUUUACGUGUUAUUUAAUUGUCAUUUCAGGACAGACAGAAAUACAAAUAUCAAACUCGGGACUGCAGCAGUAAUGGAUCUAUUCAAGCAACAGAAAGUGGAAGAUUUCUAUGAAAUUGGUGAAGAGCUUGGCAGUGGGCAGUUUGCCAUUGUGAAGCAAUGUCGAGAGAAAACUACAGGUUUGGAAUUUGCUGCCAAGUUUAUCAAAAAACGGCAGAGCAUGGCCAGCUCUCGUGGAGUGCGGCGAGAGGAAAUAGAGCGAGAGGUAAACAUCCUCCAGCAGAUUCAGCACCCCAACAUCGUCAUGCUGCACGACGUUUAUGAGAACCGCACUGAUGUGGUGCUUAUCCUGGAGCUAGUCUCCGGUGGUGAGCUGUUUGAUUUCCUGGCCCAGAAGGAGUCUCUGAGUGAGGAGGAGGCUACUCAGUUCAUCAAGCAAAUCCUUGAGGGGGUGAACUACCUUCACGCCAGAAAGAUAGCCCACUUUGAUCUUAAGCCUGAAAACAUAAUGCUUUUGGAUAAGAACACGCCCUUGCCAAGAAUAAAACUGAUUGAUUUUGGUCUUGCUCAUAAGAUUGAAGCUGGAGCUGAGUUCAAGAACAUCUUUGGAACUCCUGAGUUUGUAGCUCCAGAGAUUGUCAACUAUGAGCCCCUUGGAUUGGAAGCAGACAUGUGGAGCAUUGGUGUCAUCACUUACAUUCUGCUGAGUGGUGCCUCUCCUUUCCUGGGGGACACGAAACAGGACACACUGGGGAACAUUUCAGCCAUAAAUUAUGAGUUUGAUGAAGAGUUCUUCUGUCACACCAGUAAGCUGGCCAAGAACUUCAUCAGCCAGCUACUCGAGAAAGAUAAGAAGAAAAGAUUAACAAUUCAAGAUGCCCUCAAUCACCCAUGGAUCAAGUCCAAUGAGAACAAGGAAGAAAAUAAAGCCAGGGGGCCAAAGAAAAGUGAGCGGCGCCAGUUAAAGACCAAGCGCCUGAGGGAGUACACUAUCAAGUCCCACUCAAGCAUGCCACCCAACAACACCUACGUGAACUUUGAGCGCUUUGCCCAGGUUGUGGAGGACAUUGACCAGAUGGAGAGCUCAUUCAUUAGCCUGACAGCAGCCCACGAUUCUCUGCAGGAAAAUAUAGAUGCCAUGGUUUCUAUUUAUAAUGAAAAGGAAGCCUGCUACAAGGAGGAGAAUGAGGCCAUGCGCCACGAGCUCUCACAAAUCCGCUACGAGUUCCGUAAGGUAGAGGCCUUGAAAAGGAGCCUGCAGGAUGACAUCCAAGCCUUCAGCUGCAGCCUCGGCGCCAUCAGCAACCGCUUCCAGGAGAGACAGAGCCGGUUUGAUGCCCUGGCCCUGGAACUAAGCAACGAGGUGAAGUGGGUGCAGGAGGUCAUGGGGUCAUUUCAUACAGGUGAAGGUAGAAGAUACCCCAACUGCAGCUUCUCCUCAGCUUUCAACAACGUGAAUGAAACUCUGAAAGAGCUUUUAAACCGAUCCUGUGAAGGAGAACUGCUCUCUGGGAUCAACCUGGACUUUAGUGAAACUGGACAACAAAAAUGAUUUAAAAUACUAAAUCACAUAGAAAACAUUUAAAAGCAGCUAGCAGGAUUGUACUGUAGCAUGCCCAAAUAUUUAUUACACAAAGAUAUAGACACACUAAACUGUUUGUUUUAUAUGUAAAUAACAGAUUGCAUACUUCCAUACUGAAACUUUUUUUCAUAUGAACAAAAUCUUCUGUUCUAAAAUACUAUUAAAUGUUAAGCAAAGGCCUCGCUGUAACAAUCAACAUUCAUUUGCUGUAUGUUGGAAAUAAGUACAGAGAUUUUUUAAAAAUGCCUUUUCUACUUGUUGUUUCUCAUUAAGUCUAAAAGAAAGAUUUGCUAUUUUGUUAUUCUGCCUUAAUACACUGCCUGGCAAAAAAGUCGCCACCAAAUUAAAAGGUCACACACUCUAAUAUUUCGUUGGUCCGCCUUCAGCUUUGGGGCAUUCACUGUGGCAUUGUUUCAAUAAGCUUCUGCAGUGUCAGAGGAUUUAUUUCCAUCCAGUGUUGCAUUAAUUUUUCACCAAGAUCUUGAAUUGAUGAUGGUAGAGUCUGACCACUGUGCAAAGCCUUCUCCAGCACAGCCCAAAGAUUCUCAAUGGGGUUAAGGUCUGGACUCUAUGGUGGCCAAUCCAUGUGUGAAAAUGAUGUCUCAUGCUUACAGAACCACUAAUUCACAAUUUGAGCCCGAUGAAUCCUGGCACUGUCAUCUCGGAAUAGGCCCAUGCCAUCAGGAGAGAAAAAACUCAUUCAUGGAAUAACCUGGUCAUUCAGUAUAGUCAGGUUGAUUCAAAGAUUCAAAGUGUUUAUUGUCAUGUGUCAGGAGGGAAAAGGCAUUUCUCUGUGCAAUGAAAUUCUUUCUUUGCUGUCCACCCACAGAUACAGAUUAAUAUAUACAAUAGAAAUAGAACAUAUAGCUGGUCAGUGUGCUCUCCACACUGAGGUCAACUGCCCCCACAUUCUUGGAGCACAUACUGUUGCUGAACCUAGACCCAACCAACUGCAGCAACCCCAGAUCAUAGCACUGCCCCCACAGGCUUGUACAGUAGGCACUAGGCAUGAUG